CGCGACUUCUGUAUUUCUCCUUCUUCCCGCCUGGCAACAGCCAGCCACGGCAACCUGCAUUUCCUUUGUUCUCCGUUUGUUCCACGCCCGUUACAACAUGAAGUACGUCCUCGUUAGCGGUGGUGUCAUCUCCGGCAUCGGAAAGGGACUCAUUGCCAGUUCAACCGGUCUCCUCCUGAAAACCAUCGGCCUUAAAGUGACGGCGAUUAAGAUCGAUCCGUACCUCAAUGUCGAUGCUGGAACCAUGGCGCCGACCGAACACGGCGAAUGUUUUGUCCUGGACGACGGUGGAGAAGUAGACUUGGACUUGGGAAACUACGAGCGAUACCUCAACGUGACCUUGACUCGAGAACACAGUAUCACAACUGGAAAGAUCUACCAACAUGUCAUUGAACGCGAGCGGAAAGGUGACUACUUGGGCAAGACCGUCCAAGUGGUCCCACACAUCACGAACGGGAUCCAAGAGUGGAUUGAGAAGGUCGCAAGAAUUCCUGUCGACGACACAAAUGAAGAGCCUGAUGUCUGCAUAAUCGAGCUCGGUGGUACAGUGGGUGAUAUCGAAAGUGCACCUUUCAUUGAGGCCAUGCGGCAACUGAGACGGAGAGCCGGUCGUGACAAUUUCUGCCAGAUUCACGUCUCGUUGGUACCAGUGGUGGGCGGUGAGCAAAAGACGAAACCAACACAGCAAGCAAUUCGAGAUGCGCGAUCAGCUGGUCUAUCGCCUGAUCUUAUUGCUUGUCGGUGUCAAGAACGUAUCGUGGAAGCCACGGCAAACAAAAUUGCCAUGUUUUGCCAAGUCGAGCCAUCGCAGGUCAUCGCGGUGCACGAUGUCGAGUCAACAUACCAUGUGCCGCUUCUUCUCCAAAAGCAAGGACUUGUCGACCAGAUUCGCGAGCUAUUCCGUCUCGACACCUCCUCUAUCCCUCAGGCCCUCGUCAAAAAGGGUGAAGCAACAUGGCACGACUGGAAUGCGUUGACGACAUCACAAGAACGUUUCUUGGAGUCAGAGACAAUCAACAUUGCCCUAGUUGGCAAAUACACCAACCUACACGACUCAUAUUUGUCCGUAAGCAAAUCUCUCGAGCACAGCGCCAUGGCAUGUCACCGCAAACUCAAAACAGUCUGGAUCGACGCCAGCAAUCUCGAAAAGGCAACCUUGGAAGCCUCACCCGAGUCCUACCAUAAGGCCUGGCAUGAUCUUUGCACAGCAGAUGGCGUUCUUGUUCCUGGUGGCUUCGGUCACCGCGGAACAGAAGGUAUGAUAGCCGCAGCAAACUGGGCACGUACCAAGCCUAAACCAUACCUCGGAAUCUGCUUGGGAAUGCAACUUGCAGUGAUUGAGUAUGCUCGGAACGUGUGCGGAAUGAAGUCGGCCGGAUCCAUCGAGUUGGAUGCGCAAACUGAUAACCCGGUGGUGAUUUUCAUGCCGGAAAUCGACAAAACCACCAUGGGCGGCAACAUGCGACUUGGCCUGCGAGCUACCAAUUUCCAGGAUGGUACAGAAUGGUCGCGUCUGAGGAAAUUGUACAACAACCAGCCCAGCAUUCUCGAACGACACCGCCACAGAUAUGAAGUCAACCCCGAGUAUAUUGAGCGGCUCUCGGAAGCCGGUCUCAACUUCAUCGGCAAAGAUGACAAGGGUGAACGUAUGGAGAUUGUGGAGCUGAAAGAUCACCCUUUCUUUGUCGGCGUUCAAUUCCACCCAGAAUAUCUCAGCAGAGUUCUCCGGCCUAGUCCGCCUUAUUUGGGCUUCAUCGCCGCGAGCGCUGGACUUCUGCAGCAAGCUACUGCUGCAACACUGGCUAAAGCUGCCUCGGCCAAUGGUAAGGGCAAUCACACGGGACAAACUAACGGUGUCGACAAUGGAUUGGUGAAUGGAAUGUCUCAGGUCUCGCUUUCGGACUCAACUUCUGGGUUCUAGACGAAGAAUGAAGGAAAUCUUUCAACGGCGCAUGUUUCUGGUGAACGUGGACUAGACUGGACUUGGUAGAGUGCUGGAAUUUGCGACCCGGGUUGACUUCAAAGUCAAGGUACAACUAUCUAUCGAUGGUUUGGUGUUAAACGUUGUUACGAAAUUGUUCGCAUUAGAGCAUUAUGCCGUAUCGUGUCAUGAUCUAUCUUAGCUGGCAUACAAGCCCAGCAUUUUGUCGUUAACUUGGCGGUCACCAAGCACGACUACAUGUAUAGACCCAGUACAAUAUACAUAAUGAGACAUCAUCUC